AAGGUUCAGAGAGUUAUGCUCUGUUGGUUUUUGGCAGGUCCUGAAAGUUCUUUUGCUCCGGAUCCUGAAUCAGUUGCAUCGAGCAUUAAAUAUCACGCAGAAUUCACUCCUUCAUUCUCUCCUGCGCUUCUUGAGCUUCCGAAGGCAUUCUUUGCCACUGCAGAAAGUGUUCGUGAUAUGCUUAUCAUCAAUUGGAAUGCUACAUAUGAAUACUAUCAGAAGACAAAUGUUAAGCAAGCAUAUUAUUUAUCGAUGGAAUUUCUACAGGGCAGAGCUUUGUUGAAUGCAAUUGGCAAUCUUGAGCUAUCAGGGGCUUAUGCAGAGGCUUUGAUAAAACUUGGCCAUAAUCUUGAAGCUAUAGCUGAGCAGGAGCCAGACCCAGCAUUAGGAAAUGGGGGACUAGGACGACUGGCCUCCUGCUUUUUGGAUUCUCUGGCUACACUUAACUACCCUGCCUGGGGUUAUGGACUCAGAUACAAGUAUGGGUUGUUUAAGCAAACUAUCACAAAAGAUGGUCAGGAAGAAGUCGCUGAAAACUGGCUUGAGAUGGGUAAUCCCUGGGAAAUUGUUAGAAAUGAUGUCUCCUACCCGGUGAAAUUCUAUGGUAACGUUAUCACCAGGCCAGAUGGGACAAAAGAAUGGGCUGGGGGUGAAGACAUAAGAGCUGUUGCCUAUGAUGUGCCCAUCCCAGGAUAUAAAACUAAAAAUACGAUUAAUCUUCGGUUAUGGUCUACGAAGGUUCCGUCGGAAGUUUUUGAUCUACGUGCUUUUAAUGCUGGUGAACAUUCAAAAGCAUACGAGGCCAUGACGAACGCUGAGAAGAUAUGUUAUAUUCUGUAUCCUGGUGAUGAAACACGGGAGGGAAAGACUCUCCGACUGAAGCAGCAGUACACCUUGUGCUCUGCUUCCCUUCAAGAUAUUAUUGCGCACUUUGAGAAGAGAUCAGGGCAUCCUGUGAACUGGGAAGUGUUUCCUGAAAAAGUCGCCGUGCAGAUGAAUGACACACACCCAACACUCUGCAUCCCAGAGCUCAUCAGAAUAUUGAUGGACAUCAAGGGUUUGAGCUGGAAUGAUGCAUGGAGUAUAACUCAAAAAACUGUUGCAUACACAAACCACACGGUAUUGCCUGAGGCAUUGGAGAAAUGGAGUUUGGAACUUAUUGAGGAAUUGCUCCCUCGACAUGUUGAAAUCAUAAAACUUAUCGAUGAGGAGCUAAUCAAAACCAUAAUAGCUGAGUAUGGUACCCAAGAUCUUGACUUGUUGCAACAAAAACUACAACAGAUGAGAAUUAUAGACAACAUUGCAUUACCUGCAUCCGUGUUGGAAUUGCUUGUUAAACCACUAAUUAUAACACCAAUACCUACUGCAACUGAAGAAGGUGAAGCUCCUAGCAAUGAUGAACCUGUGGUAGAAAAAGAAUUAUCUGAAGCAGUUGAGGAUCCUGUAGAAAAGAAGGAUGAAGCUGAAGUGUUAUCUAUUCAACAGAAAGAGCAGCCUAUUUUUAACCCAGACCCGAAACUACCCAAGACCAUUCGAAUGGCUAACCUCUGUGUGGUUGGUGGGCAUGCAGUCAAUGGGGUCGCUGAGAUACACAGUGAAAUAGUUAAGAAUGACGUUUUCAAUGAUUUCUACGAGUUGUGGCCUGAGAAAUUUCAGAAUAAAACUAAUGGUGUCACACCUAGAAGGUGGAUACGAUUUUGUAAUCCGGCUCUUAGUAAGAUUAUAACCAAGUGGACUGGAUCAGAUGACUGGGUUUUGAAGACUGAAAAGCUUGCAGAAUUAAAGAAGUUUGCUAAUAACGCAGAGCUUCAAACUGAAUGGAGGGAAGCAAAAAGGAUCAACAAAAUGAAGGUUGCAGCCUUUUUGAAGGAAAAAACUGGAUAUCUUGUGAACCCAGAUGCGAUGUUUGAUGUGCAGGUGAAACGUAUUCAUGAGUACAAGCGCCAAUUGUUGAACAUUUUGGGUAUUGUUUACCGUUAUAAGAAGAUGAAAGAAAUGGCUCCUGAGGAAAGGGCUGUGAGAUACGUGCCUAGAGUGUGCAUCUUUGGUGGCAAAGCAUUUGCCACAUAUUAUCAAGCCAAGAGGAUUGUGAAAUUCAUUACAGAUGUAGCUGCCACUGUAAAUAAUGAUCCUGAAAUAGGUGAUCUUUUGAAGGUUGUAUUUGUCCCCGAUUACAAUGUUAGUGUUGCUGAAGUGCUUAUUCCUGGCAGUGAGCUCUCCCAGCAUAUAAGUACUGCUGGAAUGGAGGCUAGUGGAACCAGCAAUAUGAAGUUUGCAAUGAAUGGCUGUCUGUUGAUUGGUACUCUGGAUGGGGCUAAUGUUGAAAUAAGGGAAGAAGUGGGAGAGGAGAACUUUUUUCUUUUUGGCGUUGAAGCUCCUGAAGUUGCUGGCCUUAGGAAAGAAAGAGCCGAGGGGAAGUUUGUGCCUGAUCCACGGUUUGAAGAAGUAAAGGAAUAUGUUAGGAGCGGGGUAUUUGGUCCGUACAAUUACAAUGAGUUGCUGAGUUCACUUGAAGGAAACGAAGGCUAUGGUCGAGGUGACUACUUCCUUGUUGGCAAGGACUUCCCCAGCUACAUAGAAUGCCAGGAGAAGGUUGACGAGGCAUACCGUGAUCAGAAUACAUGGACUAGAAUGUCAAUUUUGAACACGGCUGGUUCAUCAAAGUUCAGCAGCGACAGAACUAUUCACCAGUAUGCCAGAGACAUAUGGGGGAUUGAACCUGGUAUCCUACCAUAGACAGCAUCCUCAACUGUGGUGAAGCCCCAUGUUUAUUUUGCUAGUAGUAGGGGUACUGUGUACAUGUGAGAAGUUUAUAUUCAUGCUCAUGUAGAUAGUAGAAAUACAAUUAGCCUUGUAGUAUAGUUGUAAAGUUAGGAUUGUAGGAAGGUUAAUUGUAUUAAAAGGAUAUUCGAGCAAACGUUAACUAAUGCUUCUGAUGAAUUUUAAUGUUAUUUACACCAGAAUCUUAUUCAUGAAUA